UUAAGGCGGGUGCUCCAGGACCGGACUCUCCCGGCGGCCGGAAAAGUAGUGCAGCCAAUGAACGUGCCGCCCGAAACGAGCUCCGCCCCCGAGGAACGGCCACGCCCGCCUCGGCUCGGGCGCUCCGGCGCUGGACUGACAGCUGGACGAACAGAAAAAGGCGGCCGAAAGCCAGUGAGCACGCAGAGGCGCUGUGUGGGACGGAGUCGAGAGCUGCCUGGCCGGAGGAGCGUGUCGGCAGGUUCAGCGACGGCCGGGCUCUUUAUGGGAACAGCGCACAACUGGUCCGGGAGGCGGCGGCGGCGGCGGCGCUGAGGGCAGCGUCCAACUGAAAGCAGAUCUCCUGCUGCUGUCCGACACGGCAGCCGAGCAUCCGUCCCAGCCAUGGCCCGGCACAAUGCUAGCCUGGCCCCGACGCCUUUUUCCAUUCAAGCCCUCCUCACCAAGAAGGAAGUGGGCGCCGUGCGAGUCGUAGCUGCCGCCCGUCCUUGCCCUCCGAUGCUCCUGCCCAGCCCCGAGGGUACGCCCGCCUGCUGCUGGCGCCUCUUUGACCCGGCGGCCACCACUCUGGGCCCCGUGCUCCAGCCGACGCCGCCGCCCCACGAACAGCAGCGCUCUAACCCCGCGGCUGCCCGGCCACCCCACUGCGACUCGGAUUCAGUCCUGAGCGAGGAGCACGACGGCGAUGACGAAGAGCAAGAGCCGGGCGGCAGAGAGGGCCACAUGCCCGCUGACUCCCGAAAACCCCGAGAGAGGCUGCACACUCGAUCCCUCGUGAGAAGAAUCGGCACCGAGCAAGGCCACCCUCCUCCGUCCCCGCAAAGCCAGCCCCUGGGUCAAGGUUCGGGGCCGCCGACAACAGGAGGCGGCAGCCACACUGAAGAGGAGGACAAGGAGGAGGAGGACGACGAAGCCAAACACGGCUGCCUGGGCUCCAAAGCCCUAUCCGAGGAGGACGAGGCGAUGUCGGCGGGCAUCCCGGCCCCAGUGGCAACCUCGACGGCGUUCCAGAAACCGCGCAAAAAGCGCUCGCGGGCAGCCUUUUCCCACGCGCAGGUUUUCGAGUUGGAGCGGCGCUUCAACCACCAGCGCUACCUCUCUGGGCCCGAACGCGCCGAUCUGGCUGCCUCGCUCAAGCUCACCGAGACGCAGGUGAAAAUCUGGUUCCAAAAUCGGCGCUACAAGACGAAGCGGCGCCAGUUGGCCGCGGACUUAUUGUCCGCGGCGCCGGCGGCCAAGAAAGUAGCGGUCAGAGUGCUAGUCCGUGAUGAUCAGAGGCAGUAUCACCCGAACGAGAUGCUCCGGCCACCUCCCCUCUUCUCCUUCCAGCCCUCUUACUAUUACCCUUAUUACUGCCUGCCGGGCUGGGCUCUUUCCGCCUGUGCUGCCCCUGCCGCCGGGGGCAUCAAAUGAGGCUCGGGUCCCGACCGCUCCAGAGCACGAAGGCUAGUGGGGUGAGGAGAAACGAGGGAGGGAGGCAAGGAAAGAAGGGAAGAGCAGUAGGGGAAAGCUCGGCAGCCGAUCUGUUCUUUCGGCCGCUUUUGCUCUUCUGGAGCCGCCUCUCCCGUCCUCCUUUCUUAGUUCAAACGCCGCCGGAGCAGAGUCAAUCUCCUCCUGCCGGCUUCGCUGAAUAAUCGAGAUUUUACGGGACAACCAAGCGGGCCGUUCUUUUGCUCCAGAACCUUGGAGGUAGUUGGACUGUGCCUGAACAAACGCGCUCAGUCCGAACAAGGGGACCAUCUUCCGUCCACUCUAACGCGGGUAUGCAGGAGUUUUCCCGCAGCUUCCUGGCCUGUGACCUGACUUCUCGCAGUUAUGGAGCGCAGUUUGGGAAACAAUAUGAUUCUAGCACUUUUUGGUUGUAUUAAAAUCGUUGUGUUUAUAAUUAUUAUUUUUAUAUUCAGUAUGAAUUUAAUACUGGGGCCUUUGAAGGGAAAAAGAAACAAUUACGGUGGGGAUGUUGAAGUCAUUCGGUGCCUUUCCCCCCCUUUCUUCUCCCAUUUCGCAGUAAAUGCCCUCAUUUUUUUUAAAGGUGGA